AUGGCCGAGAUCUCACGUGUAGACUGCAACAUUGCCACAUUACGGGACUUGUUGCCCAUUAUACGCAAAUCCACUCAAGGACAUGCAGUUGGAUCACCUGCAAAUGUUAAAACCUUAUAUCUGCAUUCAAACCGUAUCAAGACACUGGAUCGAGAUGUGCUCAGUAUCCUGUCCAAGCUCACCAUACUGGAUGUAUCCAGUAACUUUAUCGACAAGAUUGAUGCGCUGGAGGGACUGAGCGUUUUGGUUGAUUUGAAUCUGUCUAAUAAUAAGAUUCGACGUGUUGAAGGACUACGCAGUCUCCAGAAUCUGAGACGUUUGAAUCUCUCUUUUAACCAAAUUAAAACUCUGGAAGGAAUGGUGGAAUUGCAUGGAGACCACUGCUCGCUGCAGACAUUGGACAUUAAAGGAAAUGAGAUUGAAGAAGUGGAUCAGUUGGCUUAUAUCGUUGGGUGUCCCCAUUUACGAGAACUGUCGGUGAAUACAGAGGGAUUGUCGACAAGAGUCAAUCCCAUGUGUAAAAAUGUGGAUUAUAGUCGGGCCACUGUAUUUAGUAUGCUACCACAACUGGUUGCUGUGGAUGGUCAGGAUGAUGCUGGGAAUUCGAGGUCGCCGGAAGAUUUGCUGUCGGAUUCACCUGAUAUCAGCAAAUAUCAAUCGGUUUUCGAUGAAUCUGAAUUCUUUUCAAGUGUCCCGAUUCAAUGUUCAGCAAUACCUCAGCAUCGUACAUCAAGACCCAUUUCAAAUACCCUUCCCACAACUCCCUCUAUUGAUUCGGCUCUAGCACGUUUUCGUGCUCCAAGGCCAUCGUCAACAACGGAAUCCAAAACACCAGAUCGUGUGCUAGACGAGAGACUAGAUCGAUUAGAAUCACGUCUGGACGAUAUACUCAAAGCCUCUCGUGAGAAUCUAGCUCCUCGUGAACCUCUAGUAUCAGCACCACCGCGGCCAGCAUCUCCUCAAAAGUCGUCGUCACAUCCCAUGUCGUCAGCACAACCAUCAGACCGUUUAACACGACUAGAAAUUAUGCUGGGUCAACUAUUAGGUCGUUUUGAAGGCCCUGAACUGCAAGAGACCGUAAAACCAGCAGUUGAAAACAAACAUGUCAAUCCAGACAGGUUGGAAAGCUUAGAAUCUCAGAUGUCGACUUUGGUUGACUUUUUGGCUGGGAAACGAAAUUCAAACAUUCCUAAUCCCAGUAAGAAGGUACUUCACAGAUCUUCUCAUCGGGAUGAUGAAUCUGACGUGACAGAUGUUGAUGGUGGCAAGUUGUAUGAAGCCGAUCUGGAGGUGCAGAAUUCGAUUCUACAGGAUGCAAGAACAGGAAAGAAGGCAAAGGGGGUUCCUUCUGUGACGGUCAUAAAACCUCUGAGCAAUAGUAAAAUAACUCCGAAUCUUGCAUCAUCGAAUGCUAAACUGUUAUCAGCUUUGGAGCAAGAAGAGAAACGAUUACGAGGGAACGAAUUGAGAAAUGUUGCUCAAUUGAGAGUAUUGAACGACAAUCUCAAAACACAGACUCAUCGGGCUGAUGUGGCGGAAUCCAAGCUAACGGAGCAUCAGAAGAUGGUGGAAGACCAACAGAGAGAAUUAGAGAGUGUCAAUGCACAAGCCAAGAAGAGCGGCGAAGAAGUUGUCUCCUUGUCUUCCAAGAUUCGUGACAUGGAUCAGCUUAUAAACGACUUGACUGUGAGAUUGGCAACCGCAUCUGAGAAUGAGCGUAAAGCUGCUGAAGCUGCUGUUGCUCUGUCGUUUCUGGAAUCACAACUCAAAAGGAAGGAAAUGGAGUGCGAGCUGGCCAAAAAGUCGUCUUGUGACGCAGAGGUUGCUUUGUCUAAUAUCGAAAGCAAACUACACGUGUCAGAGGCUGAAAAGAAUCGUUUGUCUGUCCGAUUUGUCAAAGAACGCGAACAAUUCAAGGUCAAAAUUGCUGAAGUCAAACGAGAGAAUGAGAUAUACCAAACCACUAUCAAACAGCUGCAACGCGAAGUCGGUGGGCUAAAAGAUCAAAUGGCUUCAAGAGAUCACGCUAUGCAGCAAAAUCUGCAGGACCUGUAUAGUUCCCAUGCUCAUGAAGUCGAUGCGGCUGUCGGAAGUGCCACUCAUCAACUAAUGGAUCGGCAUCGAGAGGAAACCGACAUGUUGUCACGUAGUCUUGUGAGCACGCGAGAAGCGUAUGCUGCUCUCGAAGAAGAAUAUCGUAAAGGCAUCAAGGAAGAGCAAGCGAAAGUGGAGCAAGUGCAAAACAUUCUUCAGGAUACCAAUCGGAAACUCAAUGAGCAAACUCUGAUUAUAACGGAGGCUAGUCAGAAAGAGAAUGAAAUGACUGCCAUGAUUCGAGACUUGACAAGUCUAGUGAAAGAACAAAAGGCUCGGAUUGCUGAUUUGACUGAAAAGAAUCAGCUUUCCUUUUCAGUCUUUGAGGAGCAAAUGAGAGUCCUUGAAGCCAAGCUUCGAAGUGCACAACGAACAAAAUCUGAAAUGAAGCAGGCUCACAAAGAAUCAGCCGCUUCUCAAUCCGAGCAUGUCGCAAGACGAUUAGCUCUAGAUUCUGCUGAAGCUGAGAAGGCCAGAUUGAGCAGUGAGCUAGCAAAUCAGGCAGUCUUGUUUCAACAAGAGAAGGCACGGCUCGAAACUCGUAUCAAGCAACUGGAAGAAGAAAAGUCCAAGAUUGAAAAGCAGUUUGAAUCCGAUGUGCAGGCUCUUCGUGUCAAGAACAAGAUGUUGGAUGAUCAGAAUGACACGAUUCGGACUCUGAAGCAGAAUCUCGAGAACAAGACUCGAGAGCAUCAUCUUUUGGCUGGUGAUGUUGAAAAGCGGGAGGAGAGGCUAGAAGAGCAAUUGGCUAUAGAGCAUCAAGCGAACCGAGAUAUGCGUCGAGAGUUAGAUGCUCAAGAGAAACUCGUUGAACAAUUACAGUCACUAGCAGAUGAGUAUCGCUCAGAACGAGAUGCUCUACGUAAAGAAUACGUAGAAGUGACUCGUCGGCUCAAAGAACGGAAUGACAGCAUCCAAAAGAUUGAGGAGGAGGUUGCUCGAGUGCGUGGUAUCUUCAAGGCCAAGGAAGACAAGUUGAUUCAAGAAAAGGAGAAUGCGCUGAGAGCCAAAGAUAACAGCAUUGCGGAUUUGAGAUUGUCUUAUGAGACUCAGUCAAGUAGGCUUGCUCUGCUAGAACGUGAGCGAGACGGUAUGGCACAAUCGCUUAUGAAUCUUCAGCACAAGCUUGAAGAAGCCACAGUCGACAAAAAGCAGCAUGAAUCAGAGAUGCGAGUCUUGCUGUCUGAAAUUGAUCGUCAAAAGCACAAAAUGGAAGCACGAAUGGCCAAACUAAGAGUAGCAGUUCAAGAAGAUUGA